AUGGACAUUGUCAAAGACAUGACCACUCAAACAUUUUGGGCAGCUUUCUUUUCGUCGGUAAGAUUCAUUCCUUAUGAGAACCAUUAUGGGUUUUGGUCAGGAAUGCUGGACAUCGGCCAAUUUUUCAAAGACUUCGGUGUAUACGAUGCCAAAUCACAUUCUUACUACCUUCCUUCGACGUGGCAAUCCGUGGGUAGCGGAGUCCCAGUUGCUGGUUUUGCAAUUGGUAUAGAUCUGGGGCGUAUCAGAACAUUUCGCAUAGCCUCACUCAUUUCUGCCGUGGGGAUAAUCAUCCAGUCAACGGCCAUGCAGUCUUUUUGGGAAAUUAUGGUCGGUCGAAUUAUCAACACAUUGGCUCUUGGAAUCCUAGCAAAUGCAAUUCCCGCCUACUUGGCAGAAAUAUCGCCUCUUUCAAUUCGUGGUACCUUGAUCAAUUGCUACCAAUUCUCGGUUUCUGUCGGUGCAGUUCUGGUCACAAUCAUGAACUAG